AUGUCUGCCGUUCGUUUGGCUGCGCGCCGUGUGCCUCGCGCAACUCGGCUGGUUUCUUCUUUUGAGUCACCAGUCCAGCGACGCUUUGCGGCAACCUCCAAUGCUCCUCAGGAAGUGAAGCGCCAGGUGCAGAGUGAGGCUACCCUCCCUAAUCCCGAUCCCUCGCCAGACUCGCUCACCGUGUCGUUUAUCAAUGAGCGCGCACCCUUCAUGGUCCCUACCUACGUUCGCCCCGCUCCGAUGAUGAUGAAGGGACAGGGCUGCUACCUGUGGGAUAUGGAGAACAGACGGUACUUGGAUUUCACCUCUGGUAUUGCAGUGAACUCCCUCGGUCACUGUGAUCCUGAGAUUGCCAAGAUUAUUGCGGAGCAGGCCGAGACUCUCAUUCACGCCUCGAAUCUUUACCACAACCCUUGGACUGGUGCCCUGAGCCAGCUUCUCAUCAAUUUGACUCGCGAAUCUGGUGCUAUGCGCGAUGCUUCCCAGGUUUUCAUCUCCAACUCCGGUACCGAAGCCAACGAGGCUGCGAUCAAGUUUGCCCGCAAGGUCGGCCGGUCUAUCGAUCCCUCCGGUGCCAAGCACGAGUUUGUCUCCUUCCACAACUCCUUCCAUGGUCGUACAAUGGGUGCCUUGUCUGCUACCCCCAACCCCAAGUACCAGACCCCCUUCUCGCCUAUGCUGCCCGGUUUUAAGUACGGUAACUACAACGAUAUCGAGCAACUGCAGACCCUCAUCACUGAGAACACCUGCGGUGUGAUUGUCGAACCUAUUCAGGGCGAGGGCGGUGUCAACGUCGCCACUCCCGAGUUCCUUGCCGCUCUUCGCAAGCGCUGCGACGAGGUCGGUGCUGUCCUGAUUUUCGAUGAGAUCCAGUGCGGUCUGGCCCGUACCGGAAGCUUCUGGGCUCACGGCAACCCGACUCUGGCCCCUGUGUCUGGUGAGGCUGCUCACCCGGAUAUUUUGACCACUGCAAAGGCCCUUGGUAACGGUAUCCCCAUUGGCGCGACCAUUGUCUCUGGCAAGACUGUCGCAUCUCAUAUCAAGACUGGCGACCAUGGGACUACCUUUGGUGGAAACCCUCUGGCCUGCCGAGUCGCCUACCACAUCGUCGCGCGCCUCGCGGACCCCGAGCUGCAGGCUGCUGUCCAAGAGAAGUCGAAGGUUUUCACCUCUGGAUUCCAGGCUCUGCAAAAGAAGUACCCAGAUGUUAUCUCGGAGGUUCGUGGCCGCGGCUUGAUCCUCGGUCUCCAACUGUCUCCCGCUUUUACCUCCAAGGCCGCUGAUAUCAUCACCGCUGCUCGUGAGCGCGGCCUGCUGAUCAUCACUGCCGGUGAUGGCUGCAUCCGCUUCGUUCCUCCUUUGACGAUCACGGAAGAGCAGAUUCAGACCGGAUUGAACAUUCUAGAGCAGGCUCUGGCUUCCGUGGUUUCCAAGGCUUAG